GGGACUGUUAGGUUUUGAAAGAUCUCUUGGACUUCCAGAAAGGAUACGAUGACGAUUAAAAAUAACAUAGCUAGAUAUCAUUAUAACAGAGAUAAACAGUACUUAUUUGUUUUUUAUUUUUUAUGCAACGACCCAUAUAAUAUCGAUUUACUUUUACUCUGAAUUGAGAUUGCCAUGGGAAUAAAGUACUAGUGAUAAUGCUAAUGGAUUGUUGUCUCGUUGACUUUUGAUAACAAAAACAUGUUAAGAAUUAUUUUAUGAAAUGUACAAAAUAUAAAUGGUGUUUUAUUGCUUAUCGUGCUUCCUGGAACUUUAUAACACUGAUACGAUCCUUUUAGCAAAAAUUAUAUAGGUUAUAUUCAUUACGUGCAAUACUUUCAUUGACAUAACGGCACGUACGUUUUUGUAAUCAACACAGUUGUAUCGAUCGAAUUUUUUUACAUAGAUGGAAAAUGAAACAAUCAAAAUAUAAUGACAAUGUUACGAGUACCUAUGUCAGUUUAUUGUUUGCAUUUAUUGUUUAUUGUUAAUAUCAUUUAUAAAUUAUUAGGUCGAGUUAUAGAUAAUUUCCGUUUUAACAUAGCAAUUUUAUUCGUCAAUAAAAUAAUCAACAAUUAUAUCGUAAUCAUUCUGCCACUGUUGUGAUAAGACUGAGGGACACUUAUUUGCUUAAAACAAACUCUGAUAUGUGGAGUAUCAUGUGUUUUUAAGAUAAAAAAUACAUUGCUAAAAUUUAUUCCCAGAAACAGAAGUUAAUUACGACUCGACCUAAUAUAAUAUACUACUAAAUAUUUAUAAAAUAUCUUUGCUACGUUUUUUAGUCAAAAAUAACUUUCUUUUAAAUAAUGGCAAUUCUAAUUUUUUUUUAUUAAAAUAAAAAUUACAUUUCCAUUUUAUUAAUUUCUUACAAAAGAAUUUUCAACAUAAUUUUUUUUGACAUCCAUUGUCUUGACCUUUUGUGUCUAUAGUGACACGAUGAUACACAAAUAAUGGAAUCCUCGACACUUUUAAUAAAUUAGAGCGAUCGAACUAAAUCGGUUGGUAUAGUAUUUAUAGUGACUUCAGCAAUACACUACCGGUACGAUAUAGUACGCUUGAGCAUGAAACUAGAUUAAAGACUUGGUUAGCUAGAAGAAUACUAUUGCACCCGGAAUAAAAAAACAUUCCUUUGGAACAAACGUACAUAGAUGUCAUUAAAUCUAAUCGCCAAUGGCUAAACUUGACAUGCAUAGAAUUUCUAAAGAAUCAUGUAGGGAUUACUGUUAUCUACAGAAAAUUACUUCAACUUAUCACGAUUCACUGUAUACUUUCUAUAUAUACAUAUAUAUUUGCACAAAGUAAAAUAUAUGUUACUGAAUAAUUCGUUGGAUGUACAUACAAUGUUGUCGUUAACUGUUGCACAAAUCCUUGUUUAAAUUUUUUGUAAUAAAUAAAAAUUUAAUGUUUGACUCAAGCAUACCAAAAAGUAACUAGGCGUAAACUAGGAGUAAAAUUAAUUUCUGAUAAAUUAAUUGAUACUGACAAUGACACGGUGAUAAUAAAAGGAUUACAAAGAGGAAGAACGAACGUCACGUAUAUCCUUUAAUCACUUUCUUUUCCUGUUCCCUCUUUUGUCCUUCAUUUUUUCUUUCGCGCAAAUUCCUCCUCGCGUUGCAGGAACAGAUUAAAAAUGCCUGGAGGCAUUGAAAAUCUUUCGUAGGCACAUGACAAUGCCUUGCAAAAAAAUCUGGGAUGUAUUUUCAAGAACAGGAUACGUUCACUCACGAGUGAAAUCAUUAACCUCCAAAGUGUCACUACGAUAGUACCGAAUAGUGAGAAUCGCAUUUUUCACACUCGACACAGAAAAAAAAACAACAAUAUAUUAAUAACGUUUGACGAAUUAUCUAACAGUAUUCGAUAAGCGUCGGGAUGACCUAGUUUCGACCAGCACGUAAUUAGAUAUUACACACGUGAUUAAAUACAUACGUAGUGGAUAGAUAUAUAACUAGGAAAAACCCUUGGAAAUAAGAGUAAAGAAAAUAAGCUUUUCAAGCUUUCUGGCAGAAAGGCGACACACACGUGUGCGACGAGGUAUUUACCGAUAAUUGGAUCGGUUCAGACGGACGAUGGAGAUUAAAAAAAAGAAUAAUGAAAAAAUGAAGGAAAACGACAGAGAUGGAGAAAGAAGCUAAAUUCUCAAUGGCAGAAUAGCAGGAAUAAAAUGAUCGGGAUGGCAUAUACGAUAAAAUGACGAUAUAGGUUAGGUAAGCCAAAUCGUUUUUUUUCCUCAUUCGAUGCUUUUGGCUCUUGUAGCAAAAACGUUCGCCUUGAUGGCUCGACCAAUUUGAACGAACUUUUCGAUGGAAUUAACGUUAAUAUGAUAGAGUUAAGUGGAGACAUAUGGGCGCAGGAAUCCGACGGAGGUCAGGGCUGAAGGGGAACAAAGGGCAGUACUCGGUCGGUAGUGGUAUAAGUGUAAAGCAGGGGAGGCUCGGAGGGUUGUUCGCUGCUACUAGUGGAGGAACAAGCUCCGCCAGAGGCGUCGUACGUUCAUUGAUAAGCGCGUACAACCCGACGGGCGUCGGGUGGUACCACGAAUAAAACGUGACGUCACGACGUCGACGUCGAACGCGGCUGCGCCUUGACGACCGUGAUUUUCGAGCUGGAUACCCACGCAGUCGGACCCUUGGUCCUUUGAUAUUUUUAGGAAUUAGAAUGGAUCGUUGAAAACGGAUGUAGAGAAUCCGGUCAAGAAUAAAAUUUGGAUAUAAAAUUAAUUAUAAACUAUAAUAAGAAAAAAAUUGUACUAAAUAUAUAGGAGAUUUUUCAAUCGGGUUACAUCAUUUAUGUGAAAUAUAUUUUCUCAAUUUUCCAUAAUUGUUCUAGAAAUGAAGAGCUCAUCUAAAAAAAAAAUUAAAACAAUUGUGUCUGAGAAUGACGUAAGAAAUGUGAACGUAUUGUUAGGAUAUCUUCAGAUAAGGAUAUAUAUAUAAGACGAAAUGAACUUCCAACUUGUUCUAAAUAUAUUCUAAAAUGUGCUCUAAGCUUCCACUAAAUCUAUUGAUAGGACCGCACAAGUAGAGAAAGAUGUGGAAGUAAUAAAAGUAAAUAAGGGAAAGGUCGAGGAAGAGUAGGAAGAGAAGAAAGAACGAUGGGUGGAAGUAAAGAAGGAACGGUGGAAAGAAGGAAAGUAGAGAAAGGAGUAAAGAGGGAGAUAUUGGAGAUUGGCGCACGUAUUGAUUGGUCUUUUGUGAAAGCUACACCCCCGUGUAGCUGCCAAGCAAAGCGUCAUCGAUCCAAGAGUGACCCAUAUCUGGCUGAGCGUUCCCCACCACGACAUGGGCGCCACCCCGACGUCGCUGUUCUUCCCCACUUAACCAACCGCGGAUCCCUUCCUUGGGCUCGGCACACCACCCCUAUCCUGACUCCAGCAGCCCUGCCUGCCACGGCCGAACAGAUCUUUGGGGUGUUCGGGAUGAUAACCCAGUGAAAACUCGCGCCGAGGACUCGACCAGCAGCAGCAGCCCUGGCCUGCCACAAUCCCUUCAACUCGGUCAUCAUAAGAAUCUCUCUUUCUAGUCUUCUCUAACUAAUAAACUGUGAUAAACGUGUAUCCAUGUUUUACUGUCCAGUCGAUACGUUACGGUUCAAUCCGUGCUGUGGUGUUGGAGGUGGCGGAACCACGGCACCUCAGGCUCCACAGCUGCAGGGUACCGGAUCUGCUGUUGGGGCCACCUCUACAAGAAAUACCAUAAUGCAGGACCCCGUCCUCGAAACGAUUCUCGAGCAAAUGCGAGAGACGGAAGCUCGUCGGGCAGAACUGGAAAAACAGCAUGCAGAGACACAAUCUCAGCUGCGCGAGAAGAUAGCAGGUCGAUACCAAGGUCCAGAAUCGGUAGAGGCACUGCAGUCGAAGAUCCGUGAGCUGGAAAAGAAGAUCGAACUGCAAGUAGUGAAACACGAGGAGUUGUCACUGGAGUUGACGAGCCUAAGGCGUGCCAGGAGUAGAGGACCAACUAGUUCCAGUCACGUGUCCUCAGCCAACAUCCCCACAUCAACGUGGCCACCUGCAGGAUCUGAGAUCGACAGAAUCAUAGCCAAAAUAGAGCAGGACAAUAGCUUAAGUAAAACCAGUGCCAGCAGGAUUCUGCACGAGCUGGACCAUUCGAGAGGUACCGUGACGACUCAGCCGCCAUCAGCCAGUCAGAACAUCCUAAGAUCGAGUUCGGAGAACCUUCCUAAUCUUGGUCAGCAUCAGCAUCAGCAUCUUCCUCAUCCGCAUGCCCUGAACCUGGGUCUACCAUCGCAGGCACCACAGUAUGCAGGCUCGCCAAUGCCAUUAACACCUAUGAUGCCUGGUUGUCCACCAUUGACACCAAACGGUCCACUUUACCAUGUCAGCGAGCCAAUUCCACCGGCUCCUUCAUUGUCAACGAGCCAAUCACAACCUGCGUUCCAACAGAAACUUCAGCAAUAUCAGCAGCACCACCAGCAGCAGCAACAACAGCAACAACAACACGAGCUCUCGAGUUCUCACUCGCAAGGUGCUCUACCUUCGCAGCAAAAGCAGCAACAAGCGCACACCCACUAUUCGAGUAAUCAGUAUCAGGAGACCUAUCCUCAUACGCAAACGUAUCAGCAACCGAUGCAGCAACAGCAGCCUCAACAUCCGGCCUCGUCAUCUUACAUGACGUUAGCUACCCAAAACGUAAUGCCACAUUACAGUCAGCCUAAUCAGCCCAAUCAGAAUUACCAACUGAACGGAACUCAACAGACCACAACGUAUCCAAAUUUAUCAAUGGCACCUCAUCACAAUGGGACAUAUAAUUCUGUAGUAACGAGCUACGGAACCAAACUCGUCCAUCACAACUUCUCAGCCCCUCAUACGAACAUCCCGCAGACUACGUUAGCAUCGUUACCACCAUACUCCACGACGUCCUUUCAUUCGACACUGGGCAACCUGUCGAAUACGUCGCAACCUGUGCUUCCUUUCUCCAGCGGUCAGAGCACCUUCUCCACGGCCGGGCCUAAUUAUUCCACUGUUGGGACCAAUGCUUACAGCACGUCAGGUGUUAGCUCAGGAACACCUUCAGGAGGCUUGCUACAAGCCAUUGGGGAUCCUCUACAUGCAAUACAACAGUUCACCGCCCAAUCACAAGCCAAUCAACUUCAACAACAAGCGAUUAUACAGCAAAUACAACAAAGUUUGAGAGAGAGCUCACCGACCGCUACGGUCACUACGGGUCAUCAUUUCCUGGGACCUAGGCAGAUGCCUAAGAUACCCACCGGUAUACUUACCAAUCCUCUGGAUCGUCUCACCGGUGACACAAUUGUACCUGAAGGACAGGUUGAUAUGCUGGAUAUACCUGGAAAGGGACGCUGUUACGUAUACAUUGCAAGAUUUAGUUACGAGCCCUUUCAACAUUCGCCCAAUGAGAAUCCCGAGGCCGAGUUGCCUGUUCAGGGUGGCGAUUAUCUCCUUGUUUGGGGUCAACCUGACGAGGAUGGUUUUCUCGAUGCUGAGACCCUUGACGGCAGAAGGGGACACGUCCCGGCUAAUUUCGUGCAGAAACUCGUCGGCGACGAUCUUCUCGAAUUUCAUCAGGCUGUUCUUGGACUCAGGGAUGUUGACGAUGCAGCCUCCACUAAUAUUCCCCAGUGCUAUCUGCAAGACAUUGACUUGGAAUUAGCUGCUCUCGAGGAAGGUAACAGAAAUCGGCAGGCGGAAUUGUCUGCAUACGCAGAACUGGAUAAUAUUGCGGAUGAGGAUGAACAAGAACCGCCAGAAGUCUACCUGUUUUCGGACCUAGUUCCGGCGCCCCAGCAUCUGACCCUCGAGCGCCAGCUUAACAAGAGCGUCCUCAUCGGCUGGACAGCCCCUGAGAAUCCUCAUCAGCUGGAAUCUUAUCACGUUUACGUGGAUGGUGUGCUCAAGGUCACCGUCAAGGCCACGGAGAGGACGCGAGCCCUCGUCGAAGGAGUCGACAGCACCAGGCCUCACCGAAUAAGCGUGCGGUCUGUGACACAUUCGCGAAGGACAUCGAGGGAUGCUGCAUGCACGAUGGUCAUCGGUAAGGACGUAGCCCUGGGUCCUACAGCCGUCAAAGCAUCGAACGUCACUGCUACGAGCGCAGUGAUAUCCUGGUUGCCGAGUAACAGUAAUCACCAGCACGUGGUCUGCGUGAACAACGUGGAAGUGAGGACCGUGAAACCUGGAGUGUACAGACAUACCAUCACUGGUCUGGCACCGUCGACGAUUUACAGAGUGACUGUAAAGGCGAAGAAUCUUCGGGCGACACACUUCGAGGACCAAAAUGCUCAAUCGGCGAACAACCUGGCCUGCCACGUCCAUUUCAAGACCCUACCCAAAGGGUUGCCCGAUCCUCCGGUUGAUAUCCAGGUGGAGGCUGGACCGCAGGACGGCACUUUGCUAGUGACCUGGCAGCCUGUUGCCCUAAACGGUUCGGCCGUCACCGGUUAUGCGGUUUACGCCGAUGGGAAAAAAGUCACCGACGUCGACAGCCCCACCGGAGAUCACGCCUUGGUCGACAUCCACAAGCUGAUGGGUCUUAAUCCAAAGCACAUCACGGUCAGGACUAAGAGUCGUGAGAGUCAGUCUGGUGACAGCUGUGCCACGGCGAUACCCUGCAGCGUCCUCAGGAGCGGGACUCAUCUGCACGGACAGCAGCAUGGGUCACACAUAGUGGAACAAGGUCAACAGCAGAACAUGGGUCAGGACGAUCCUAAUCGCAGAGUCUCUAACAUGGGUCAGCGAUAUCCCAGUGCACCUGUACCUCCACAUAUGAGGCGGCAUGGCGCCACGAGGGUGGAUGCACAUGGUCAAGUCGUUAUCGAGACUGAUGAAAAUUUAUCCGAUAAGGAAAUAUAUCCUGGACAGAGCGUCUCUCAGAUGGGUAUACCCGAAAUUAUGAAGGAUUCUGCGAGUGAAGCAAAUUAUAGUGAAGAAGAAGAUCCAUCCAGAAGAGCUCGCGGUAUGCCACCUCAUCAUGGACAUCGUCGAUAUGGUGCUCAGCAAGGUCCUCAGGGAGCCGCGCAUAGAGCAGGUAGAGCUCCAAGUGGUUCCAGGGCUCAGGAUCCUUAUUACGAUCAAUCAGGGAAUCAAAGAGGCAGAGGUCACAUGUACAGAGGUAGGGGUAAUCUUCAAGCUCAACCAGGUACUCAUCAUCCACCAGGAGGCGCACAGCAAGCUAACAAAAGAACUAGAUGGUUCGUUGCACUAUUCGAUUAUGAUCCUACCACAAUGUCACCAAAUCCUGACGGCUGCGAAGAGGAGCUACCGUUCUCGGAAGGCGACAUUAUCAAGGUUUACGGGGAGAAAGAUGCUGAUGGCUUCUAUUGGGGAGAGUGUCGAGGUAGACGUGGAUACGUGCCACAUAACAUGGUUGAGGAGUUGAAGGACCAGACACAAAUUCAAGGUCAAGUACAAGGUCAAGGCACUGUAACAAGACGAGGUCAAGGUCAAAGUGACAGAUGGGGCGACAUCUACGCGAAUAUGCCAGUUAAGAAGAUGAUAGCACUAUACGACUAUGAUCCUCAAAAAUUAUCGCCCAACGUUGAUGCUGAUCAAGUGGAGCUGAGUUUCGAAACCGGAAACGAGAUCUAUGUCUACGGGGAAAUGGAUGACGAUGGUUUCUACAUGGGUGAAUGCAACGGCGUCCGGGGGUUGGUACCCAGUAAUUUCCUGACCGAAGCUCCUUGCCAGGGUGAAGGUCAACCUCCAUCUGGGAAUAGGAGACCACCUGGUCAAGGUCAGGGACCUGGUGCCAGAGGACCACCACCGCCACCCAGGGAACCGCCUCCGCAAAGUCAUCGACGUAUGAAAGAUGCCUGCAUUGUGCCUGUGUCUGUCCCUGUCUGUCACUUAGACUCUAGACAACAACAACAACAACCACUAAUGAACAACCAACAACAACAACAACAACAACAUCAACUACAACAACAAAACAAUCCACCGCAUCUAGCGUACCAACAAGCGAAUCACCACAGCUACACGACCGUAACCACCUCCAAUCAGCACGGACCCAAUCACCCGCAGACUGGCGGUCCCAUGGGACCCCCUAAUGCCCACCAGCAGGGUCCGGGGUCCGUACCGCCCCACCUUCAACAGCAGGGGAGGGGGAGAGGCGCGGGCAGUCGGGUCGGUGGUAGUAAUGUACCAGGAGCUCUUCAAGGUCCGCCGCCGCAUCUGCAGCAACAGCACGAUUACCAGCAGCAACAGUCGCAACAACAACAGCAGCAAUAUCCUCAACAGCAACAGAACCAGCCUAAUCAAGGCUACGGACAGCAACAACAGCAUCAACAGCCAAAUCAGGGAUAUCAACAGGGUCAGGGCUAUCAACAAUCGGGCCAACAAAAUUUCCAACAACAAAAUCAACCGUAUCAACAGCAACAGGGACAACAGUACCAACAACAAAAUCAAGGCCCCUCCAUGCAGGGACCUCAAGGCACGAGUAAACCUAUGAGGGGUAUACCGGCGGUCAUUCCCACGGCUCAGGCCCAAUCGCAACAAGACUCUCAGGCGCAGCAACAGCAACCCCAACAGAAUACGGGUCCCAAUCUCAUGCAAAAGUUCACUGAAAUGGCCGGAGCGAGCGCCGGUGGUGACAUCUUGUCGAAGGGCAAGGAACUCAUAUUCAUGAAAUUUGGAUUGGGCAAGUGAACCAUUGCCGUUCCUCGUCAAUUCGAUUUCGUAUUUUGGUUACCUUUUACCUUCUUGACUUUUCUUGCAUUCCUCGUCAAAUUUGAUUCCCCUUUCCAAGGCCUUACCCUCAAACUUCUACCAGUAGCGUUCCUACUAUUACCGCUACUGCUAUUACUGCUAGUGUUGUUACACCUAUCAUUACUAUUAGAUACCUCUCGUUCGUUCGCUAAGCCAAUUUCUACUUUUAUCAUUUUUAAAUUAUCGUUGUAUCCUCGUUGCGAUUCCUGCUAUGGACGCCCGGUGCGUUCACAAACAGGAUAAAUUGGUCCUCUGAGAAUAUUUCUAAAUCAUCAGUAUUAUGCAUUAUGUUCUAUGUAUCUAUGUACUUGCGUACCUACCUACCUAAAUACCUAAUUACACAACAACCUACUUACCUACUCUCGCGAAAAUAAUUUUUUCACUUGUUUUCGGGGACAAGGGCGGCUUUUGCUGAAGUGGAAAGUAUCGUGAAAUUCACGCUGGUCAUUAUAAAUAUUAUUUAUCGUUGUUAUAUAUAUAUACAUUUAUUAUUAUUAUAUUGUCAUUGUCAUUAUUAUUAUUGCCGCUAUACGUAUAAUAAGGGAUUUACUGACUGUUACGUGCGCGCGUGAAUGGCUACAUUAUUUCCACCCUUGAUGAAUUUUAUCUGUGACAAAAUGACGAAGUCCAUCGCAAAGGGUGGUAAUCUCGUCGAAGAGGAAAGUAUCAGGAAUAUUGAAGUUUAUCAAUAGUAUAAAGAAACUAAUAAAUGCGCUUUAAAAGCGAAAUUCGAAUCAAACGACAAAGUGCAGUUUACGUGUUUUCGACUUUAGGAUGAACUCAACUUGCAUAAAUCCCUUCGCUGAUUGCUCAAGGAUCCUACUUCUGGAUUAGCCAAUUCAUUUAGUAUUUCGUGGAUGUCGUGUACGUAACGUCACCGUUUAUCCAUGUAGACGGUAAUGACUCGAUCUGCCGACGAAGUGGUUUACGCUGAGACGUCACGACGAAUCGUGACACGUAAGCUGAACUUAAACAAUGCUGAGACGAAUGUUAAGGGAUCACGGUCGUAUUAAGACCGCAAGAGAACCGAGGAAGAUCUCGAGGAUGACGUGGAUGCUACGUAUAGAAAAAAGAUGCUGUACCACGUCGUAUAUUGUAUAUGAAGCAAAUAAAAACGACGAUGAAUAAACUUCCCUGUCCGCAUCCGUAUAAGGAAAGACGACAAGUAAGAAAAAAGAAGUCUGUUUCAAUGAGUUCUGCGAAAUUUCGUUUAAGGGAAAAAAAAUUUAGGAAAAAACCCGUUUAAAUAACGAAUAAUUAUAUAACGAGAAACUCGAGAUCUUCCUUGAACAACGUUGCGAAUUGUUCGUACGCUUUUAAUAAGAUUUUCGCGAGACGGCCAUUGCGUAAUGUCCAAACCGUUCUCUAUGAUUUUACGUGUAUCAUUUCCAAUUCUCCUUUUCUCACCAAGCAUGUCAGUAGAAAGUGACGCCGCGUAGUACCUAUCGUACAUUUCGUUUUGAGCUUUUGGCGUACGCUGGAUUACGCGAAACCAGCAAUUUUCAGUCCCCUCUUUGUGUAAUUCCAAAAAAAAGCAAAAAUCAAAUGCAUAUUCAUAUCCAUUGGGUACCAGUAAAGUACAGAGAAAUUUAAACUGGAACGACAAUGGUGCUCGUGGUACCACUGGAAACGUAUGACUGGUCGAGGCUACACAAACCAAAAAAGAAGCGCGAGAGAGAGAGAGAGAGAGAGAGAGAGAGAGAGAGAGGGGACAAAAAAGUAUGAAGUAAAACUAGUUAACCAAGUAGCACAUUAUAGGUUACAUAUAAAGUCGGAAGGACUAAGGAACGACACGAUGAAGAGUCCUGAGUCCCGUGGGAGUGGGCGUGCCUUGAGAUGCCUCACCCUGACGCAAACAAUAAUCAUAUCUAUGAACGAUUAAAGAUUAAUAAUUAAUUCGUUAAGACGAAAAUCGUAUGUAUAGAACGGCGCUAAAAAAAAAGUAUUGAUCUGCCGUAUUUGCGAUUUCAUGUGAGAGAGAGAAAGAGAACGAGAGCGAGAGCGAGAGAGAGAGAGAGAGAAAAGUAAAUAAUAAUGAAUAAUAUAAUGAUAAUAAAGGAGAAAUUAAAUGAAAACCAAAUUAUUACGAGGAACGUCGAAUCCUCGAAGAUCACAGAUUCCAUAUUAUUCAUCUCUGAUCAGUCCAGCAUGGUUACGCCCUACGUCGGAGGUGCUUGAUCAGUUUCUCAUAGACGAUGUUCAGGUCUAUGGAUUCGAUGUUCAUCGACUCCUGAAAUCCCCGUUGCGCCACUGACGAUAUAAAGUUUUGCUUGCCGUUGCGCAAUAAGCAGUAAUGUGGCAUGCAAUUGAGGUGGGCCCACCUGUCACAAUCUGCCAGCUAUUAUAAUUAUGCGAGAGAGAAAGAGGGGCAAAAAAUUAUUAAUGAAUAAAAGAAACAAUGAAUACCAAAAGCAAGCAUACCAAUUGCGUCGUAAUAAAUUGAUCGAUGAAUUAUCCAAUAUUAUUAAAAAAAAAUUAAAAUAAAAAAAUAAGAUCGUGGACGAGGAAUGUGUGAGAGAAAAUUGAAUAGAAAUCGAUAAGCGCGCAAAGGAUUAAAAGGAUAUAUACUCACGUCUACAGAUACGUAUGCUGGUGGCUCUGUCGGUAAUAGCGUGAUAAAAUUCUGACGUGAAAAUUAUUCACUGAUAUGUGUCAAGAAUGAUUGCACGUGAAUAUAUAUAUAAUAAUAACGGUUACGUGACGUAUACAUAUAUAUAUAAAUAUAUAUAAAAUAUUAUAUAUAUAUAUAUUAUAUUUAACUAUCGCAAAUUGUUGUUACACCGCUACUUGUGUGUAUUUUGUACAAAGUAUCCUAUUUUUAUGUUUUCUUUUUUUCUUUCGCCAAGAUUAUACCAAAAACAAAAGAUAUAAGGGUAUAGCGAUAAAAGCGAUUAUCUUCGAGAUCGUACUAUACAUAUAUAUGACAUACAGAUUUCGCGGGGACUUGGGCUAUUUAAAUGCGUGGUGUCCUAAUUGUACUCGACUACGAAAUAUAACGUGGAAUGCGAUUAACGUUCGUCAAGAGGCAGAUCGAUGACGUCACGUUUUUCGUAUUGAUCGUCGAAUAUAAUUAUUCUCUAAUCAGAAUUCGACGAUUCCUUUGUGGCGGGAUAGUAUUUACGUUCGAUCGAUCGUAAGUCUAACCGCGAAUGACGCAAGGCAUAUUUUCUCCGUGUAAAAGACAUAAGAACACGUUAAACGUCACGUCGUCGACGUGAGUCGUUAAAAGAAUUAUCGAUGCAAGAAAGGAAAGAAAAAAAGAGUAAAGAAGCAAGUAGAAAAUAAAAGAAAAGGGUUGCUAAGAAUCAAUUGUGAAAAUUGCAUGGAAGAACGACGCCAUUUUGGUUCACCGAGCGAGGUCGGCUCUACGUCCUUCCAUGGUAGAACGAUCUUGGCUCGUCUACGGAACGUUUUGUUUUUAGUGUUGAUACCAAACGAUCAGUCAAAGACGAUGAUGAUUGGACUUUACACAGUCCAUUGGAUUAGUUGAAGAAUAUUAUGGGGAUUUAUACAUCAUACGCAGUGACGUAUGGGACGUUGUUCUUAUAAAGGUAUAUAUGUAUAUAUACUUGGGUAUCUUAACGAGGAACGCUUUGAUUAGCGUUCGACUGCUGAACAUGAACCACUUAUCAUUAUUGUGUAGUAGAAUCCCGUUUCUAUACUGUGCAUGAUCAUUGGACGAUCGUCGAUGGACUUUCAUUAUUUCUUGUUAGGCUGAAUUAUACGAUGUGAAUACUUGCUGACGUUUUUUGAUCUUUAUUAUAAUCUAUAGAUGCGUACUUGGGUCGUCGCGUAACCUAACGUCCGUACUAAGUGCAGAGAUCAAAUGAAAUGUUGUCACGUGACCAAUUCCAAUCGUACGAUUAAACUUAUUUGAUUUUACGGAAAGUUCGGGGAUUCCCCCCGCGCGAUCUAGGAGUUCAGUGUAUGACGAUACUAUUAUAUAGAGAUAUAUAUAUAGGACUCGUGCAUUAGUCAAAUCAAUAAAUAAAUUAUGCGAAACUAA